AUGCUGAAUGAAACUACAUCAUCAUCAUCAUCCUUACCACAAUCCCCACCAUACUAUGUACUCUCCUCCGACAACACACCAUCUGACCCCCGAUCCCCCACUCUGGCUCAGCUACAAGCCCGUGCUCUGGCCUCUCAACAGCCAUCACACUUUGAACAUGAACCAGAAGUCACUUCCCCACAUCCUGAACAUCCAAAUCCAACUACAUCUGAACAACCUCAAACACCACCACCUGCACAACAAUCAAAUCCACCUCCUGAACAACCAAUCAAUUCUGAACCUCAACCAACCCACUCACCAUCUGAACCAAAUCCACAACCUAAACAAACAACACAGUCACCCUCUUCCAUUCCCACACCCACAACUUUUGUUGCCUCCAUCACUCCCACACUAAAUCUCAGUGCCCCAAACUCACCCUAUCCAUCCUCCCCAGCCUCUGCCACUGAACCAGAAACAACCUUCCCUACCCUAGAAGAAGCAAUACAAGUUUUUGCAGAUUCUUCAAUAGAGAAGAUCAAAGACGCAGGUAUUAGCCUCCAAGAGCGCUUGGCCAAAGAAACUGAGGAACAAGCUAGAAAGGAAGCUGAAGAGAAAGCACGUCAAGAAGAAGAACAGCGGAUCAGAGAAGCUGGAGAGAAGGCUGCUGUUGUUGCGGCUGCUGCUGAGGCUAAGGCAAAAGCUAAAGCCGAAGCUGAAGAAGCAGCUCGUAUUUCUGCUGAAAGAAGAUGCCAAGGCCAAAGUUGA